AUGGAGCAACUUUGGCGCGGUUAUUAUCCGUAUCCAGCUGCCGCUGCUGCUAAUUUAGCUAAUGUUCCGACAAAUUCGCAUUUUCCGAUUGGUAAGAUCUGGGGAAGGGAACUUAGGCUAACUAUUUUUGGAUUUAGAUUUAGAUUCUGAAUUUUUGUGAAACUUCUGAAUCAGAUUCUGAAUUUUUGUGAAGCCAGAAACUUUUAUGGGGAAGGGUUUUAGAUGUUUCUUAAGUUAGGCUAACUGUUUUUGGAUUCAGAUUCUGAAUCUGAAUUUGAAUCUGUGAAGCUUCUGAACCAGAUUCUGAAUUUUUGUGAAGCCAGAAACUUUUCUGGGGAAGGGUUCUAUAUUCUCCAGGGGAACUUAGGCUAACUGUUUUUGGAUUCAGAUUCAGAUUCUGAAUUUUUGUGAAGCUUUUCAAAUAUUUCUGAAGGUUCUAGAUGUUUGUUAAGUUAGGUUAACUGUUUUUGGAUUUAGAUUCAGAUUCUGAAUUUUUGGGAAGCUUCUAAAACAUUUCUGGAGGAUCUAGGUGUUUCUUAAGUUAUGCUAACUUUAUUUUUGGAAUUAGAUACUGAAUCUGAAAUUCUGGGGAAGGUUUCUAGAGGUUUAUUUAACUCUUAGAAGCUAACUGAUUUUGGAUUCAGAUUCAGAUUCUGAAUUUAAAUUUUUGUGAAGCUUCUGAAACUGAAUCUGUAUUUUUGAAGAUUCUAAAUUUUUGAAGCUCCUGAAUCUUAUUCUGAACUUCUGAAGCCAAAAAUUUUCUGAAGAAGAGAUCUAGAUUCUUCAGGGGAACUUAGGCUAACUAAUUCUGGAUUUUGUGAAGCUUCUGAAUCUGAAUUUGAAUUUGCCAAAUUUUGAUCAAAAAUUCCUUUUUUUUUUUGAAUUUCUAGCCACAAAAAUCUUUAGUGGGAUCAUUUUUCAUUAAAAAUCCAAAACAGCGAAAUAUACGUUUCAAAAAUUUCACAAAAAAAAUAAAUUGGAUUAAAAAUCCACCAGUUCCUCUCUCAAAAAAAAUAAAAAACUUUGUCAGCGGGUGGGGAUCGAACCGUGGUCUCCCCACCAGCAGGCACGCGUGUGCGCCACUCGGCCACCCAGCCCUUUUUUCUUUGAUAAGAGAAUGUCAUAUUUAAAAAGGCGCGCUUUCAGACAAUAGUCACACGGGUGUCAAUCAACUUGGCGGAGUUUUCGUAAAUGGUCGACCCCUUCCUGAUCAUAUUCGAAGUCGGAUUGUUGAUAUGGCACAUCAAGGAGUUCGACCUUGUGAUAUAUCAAGGCAGCUGAGGUUUUUUUUCAUUUAUUUUUUUUUUUUUUUUUUUUUUUUUUGUAAAUCAAAACACAAAUUUUCCAGGGUGAGUCACGGAUGUGUUUCAAAAAUCCUUGGGCGAUAUUACGAAACUGGAUCUGUGCGACCUGGUGUAAUCGGAGGAUCCAAGCCGAAAGUUGCGACUCCAAGAGUUGUUGGUUGUAUUGCUUCGUAUAAACGAGCGAAUCCGACGAUGUUUGCGUGGGAAAUUCGGGAGAAAUUGUUGCAGGUUAGUAGUUAGGCUAACUUUUUUAAUGUUAAUGUUAAAAGUUAAAAGAUUUUUUGUUAAAAGAUUUUUUUUCGCCAGAAAUUGUCUGAGAUUUUUUAAAGGCACAGGGAUGUUUUUGAAACUGAAGUUAGGUUAACUCUUGAAAAUUGUGGCUUGUUUCAAAAAUAUUCUGAUUUUGUCACGUCAUAGAACCAUUUAAGAAAUUUUAAAUUUCAGAAAAAAUUUGAAUUUUUCUUCAAAUCCUUUUUUUCACAAAAAAAAGUUGCAAAUUCAAAUUUUUUGAAAAAAAUUUUGGCGUCAGAAAAUCCACGUUGCAGAAUAUUUCAAAAAAUUUUAAAUUUCAGAAAAAAUUCGAAACAAAAUUCAAAUUUUUCUUCAAAUCCGAGAAAAAAUUUGAAAAUUCAUAUUUUUUUCUGAAAAAAAUUUUGAAAAUUUGAAAAAUUCGGUGUAGAACCUAAUUUCAAAUGUUAUUUUUCCUCAUUGAAAAAUUCAAAUUUGAAAAUUCCAAAAAUUUUUGAACAUUCAAAAAUUUGAGAUUCAAAAAGCCGAAAAAAAUACACGUGGAAAAUUAUUUGUUUAAUUAAAAAAAUUUUAAAUUUCAGAAAAAAUUUGCAAAAAACAAAUUAAUUUUCGAAAAAAUUUUCAAAUCCUGUUUUUUUCUAAAAAAUUUUGGAAAAGUUAGAAAUUCAUAUUUUUGGCGGCAAAUUUUGAAAAUUUCAGAUUCAAAAGCAAAAAAAAAAUCCACGUGGCGAAAUAUUUCAAAAAAAAUCAAUAAUCUUUGAAAAAAAGUUCGAAUUUUUCUUCAAUUCCUUUUUUUUCAUUAAAAAAAUCUGAAACUCGAGAAAAAAUUACCAAAUUCAAAUUUUUUUUUUAAAUUUUGAAAUUUCAAAAAUUUGAGAUUCAAAAGCGAGAAAAAAAAUCCACGUUGCAAAUUAUUUUGAAAAUUUCAAAUUUCGGCGCCAAAAUAGAUCAAAAAGAUCUGGUAGAUCAAAAAAUCUCGUCCAAGAAAAAAUGCCGGAAAAGCUGAUUUUUUUGCCAAUUUUCUUAUCUCUAAAAUUUCCAGCUGAACUUCAUAGUUUAAGAUUUUCAGCUCAAAAAUUCCCCAUCAAUUUUCUGAAAGCCUCAAGAUUAGCAGAAAAUAAUUCAGAACUUUCAAAAAAAAACAAUUUUUCAGGAUCGAGUUUGUGACAGUGACAACGUUCCAAGCGUCUCCUCAAUCAACAGAAUCGUCCGCAAUAAAUCCUUCAUGGCUUCUUCCAAUCCAACAUCUAAUCAACUUCCACUUCCAAUUCCACUUCCACCUUCUUCUCAACCACCUUCAACAUCUCCUUCCACAAAUUCAAAUCCCAACAACAAUAAUAACAAUAGCAGUAACAGCAACUACAGUACAAUCCCAGCAUAUUCAAUAAAUGAUCUACUUGGCUUUGAUCCAAAAUCGGCUGCUGAUAUGUCAUUGGUGUAUUCGAAUCCGCAGCAACAACCAUCGGAUGAUUGGAUGAUGCGAACACCGUUGGGAAUCCUACCGCAAUCUUAUUCAGGGCAAUUGUGA